AUGAGCCUCUUUGGUGUGAUCUGGUGCAAGCAGUCAUGGAAUGUAUUGCGAAGCUUCCGGUUCCUGCAGUUGCGCUGGGGUUCGCAUUUUUGGUGGGUGAGCUCGCAUGGCCGAGUACGCGACUCCAGGGGCCGCGUAAGCCUCGGGUCCCCAAGAAGUGGCGGUUAUGCUGGUGUCAACAUUCGUGGGGAACAUUACUUCGUACAUCGACUCGUGGCCACAACAUUCAUUGGUCCUUCGAGUGCUGAGAGGUGGCAGGUUAACCACAUUGACAGAGACCGUCGCAACAACCGCCUCGCCAAUUUGGAGUAUGUAUCACCUGCAGAGAACAUUCGCCAUAGCAAGUUGAACUGCAGGACCUCUAUGACGAGACAAGGUAAUGCAGUUGCAUGGAGACGUCUCGGGGAAAACGAAUGGUUUAGGGCUUCCACGCAAGCAGAAGCUGCAUUGACAUUGGGUGUGUCACAGAGCUCUCUGUCACGCUGCUGCUCAGGAAAAAGUGAACAAGCUUGUGGAAACGGCGUAACUCGUGAGAUCCGCUGGGCAAGCCAAGAGCUGCAGGCGGGCGAAAUGUGGAAGCCUGCCUUCCUUCCAGGUGGCACAUGCCCGAUCCCUGAUCUUAUGGUGAGCAACUAUGGAAGGAUUUGGUCGAAAUCGCGGAGGUAUUCCUGCGGCUAUACUACUUGUGGAAGUGUUACGUGUCAUGGUUACCGUGUGGUGAAGAAAGGUGGGAAGCAAAUGUUGGUGCAUCGCUUAGUUGCCGCAACAUUUCUUGGCCACCCUGACUCGCCCGAUCUCGUCGUCAACCACAGAGACUCCGACCGAGCAAACAACCAUGUACAGAAUCUGGAAUACAUGACCCAAUCUCAGAAUGCAAUUCACAGCUUUCGCCAAGGCCGUGUGGCAACAGGUGGCGGCUCGAAACCAGUGCAAGCACGCAUGACAGCAUCUGCUGAACCUGGGCCUUGGCUAGACUUCGGGACGUUGCAAGCCGCCAGCAUGCACACAGGGCUGAGCCCUUUCAAGAUCAAUCGGCUUUGCCAAGGGCACGCCGUAAGAGAUGCCCAUGAUGCCCGCUGGGAGUUUCGACUCAGGGAGGCCGAGGUAUUGGAGGGGGAAGAGUGGCGUCCCGUGGUGCUUGAAGGAGCUCGCGUGCCACGGGGUUGA